AUGGCAGCCAUGGCCACUGCAUCAUCUCUCAUCACUUCUCCCAAAUCCUCAUUCUUCAAUGGAAGACCAAUUCUUACUCGCACCCCCACCCUCCUGAAAUCCACCUCCCAGAAAAAUUCAAUCUCCAUGUCACUAACCACACCCCCUUACGAUCUAGACUCCUUCAAAUUCAACCCUAUCAAAGAAUCCAUCGUCUCCCGUGAAAUGACCCGCCGUUACAUGACAGACAUGAUCACAUACGCCGACACCGACGUCGUCAUCGUCGGCGCAGGUUCCGCCGGUCUCUCAUGCGCAUAUGAACUAAGCAAAAAUCCCAACAUCAGUAUCGCUAUCAUCGAACAGUCCGUCAGCCCCGGCGGCGGUGCAUGGCUAGGAGGACAACUCUUCUCCGCCAUGGUUGUCCGCAAACCAGCUCACCUCUUCCUCGACGAAAUCGGUGUCGCCUACGACGAGCAAGAGGACUACGUUGUCAUCAAACACGCUGCGUUGUUCACUUCAACCAUCAUGAGUAAGCUUCUCGCGAAACCGAACGUGAAGCUGUUCAAUGCUGUGGCUGCUGAGGAUUUGAUUGUGAAGGAAGGUAGAGUUGCUGGUGUUGUGACGAACUGGGCUUUGGUUUCGAUGAACCAUGAUACACAGUCGUGUAUGGAUCCUAAUGUUAUGGAGGCGAAGAUUGUUGUGAGUUCUUGUGGACACGAUGGGCCUUUUGGUGCUACUGGUGUCAAGAGGUUGAAGAGUAUUGGAAUGAUUGAUUUUGUUCCGGGGAUGAAAGCACUUGAUAUGAAUACUGCUGAAGAUGCUAUUGUUCGUCUUACAAGGGAGGUUGUUCCUGGUAUGAUUGUUACUGGUAUGGAAGUUGCAGAAAUUGAUGGUGCCCCAAGAAUGGGUCCAACAUUUGGGGCAAUGAUGAUAUCUGGACAGAAAGCUGCUCAUUUGGCAUUGAAGGCAUUGGGGAAGAACAAUGCAAUUGAUGGAACAUGUGAAUCUGGUAGGGAAGAACCAGAGCUUAUUUUGGCUUCUGUUGAAUCAGAGGAUAUUGUGGAUGCUUAA